CAUCUGAAGACAAUCGCCCUUUGACUGGACUUGCGGCUGCCAUCGCCGGAGCGAAACUGAGGAAAGUGUCCCGGAUGGAGGAUGCCUCUUUACCAAGUGGAGGGACUACCAUUGGUGUGAACCCGGCCUCAUCGAAGUCAGACACGGGUCGUGGGAAUGGACCCCUUCCUUUAGGAGGCAGUGGGUUAAUGGAAGAAAUGAGUGCCCUGCUGGCCAGGAGGAGAAGAAUUGCUGAAAAGGGAUCAACAAUAGAAACAGAACAAAAAGAGGACAAAAACGAAGAUUCGGAGCCCGUAACUUCUAAGGCCUCAUCGACAAGUACACCCGAACCAACCAGAAAACCUUGGGAAAGAACAAAUACAAUGAACGGCAGCAAGUCACCUGUUAUCUCCAGACGGGAUUCUCCAAGGAAAAAUCAGAUUGUUUUUGACAACAGGUCCUAUGAUUCAUUACACAGACCAAAAUCUGCACCUUCAUCACAGCCCAGUGCCAAUGGCGUCCAGACGGAGGGGCUAGACUACGACAGGCUGAAGCAGGACAUUUUAGAUGAAAUGAGAAAAGAACUAACAAAGCUAAAAGAAGAGCUCAUUGAUGCGAUCAGGCAAGAACUGAGCAAGUCCAAUUCUGCAUAGAGAGACGAGCCGAGGAGGAAUAGGACUUUAGUCUGGAGAAAGGAGAAAGACCCCUGCGAACAACAGCUGUUAACGACAACAAACCCCUACAUUUGUGAGCUGUGACAAAGACAGUGGAGACAAACAGUCAGAAGGAGGAAAACCAACAUCCUCGCGAGCCUUCAGACGCUAUUGCUCUGGCGAUAAGCUAUUUCCCUCCCAGUUUGCUGCUUUUUUCUGACCUUUUCAAUAGGAUGGAAGAGUCGGAUGCGAAUUCCUGUUUCAUAGUUAUGCAGAAAGUACUAAACCCAUCAGGCAAGAUCGCCGUGCAUUGAAAUAUUUUCAUGUCAAGACAAAAUAGCACGUUUUUCACAAUCCAUUGCUAAAAUAAAGAGGAGAAAGGCUUAAGUUUGUUUUCAGAGAGUGCUGACGAAGAAUUGAGCAAGUUACGCUAUUAUAUCGUAAAUGUUUCUCUCAGGUUUGUCUUCCUAUCACAUUUGAUAUUCCGUGAGGAAUGGAGAUCAGCCCUGUGUAGGUUAAUAUCCUAAAAUGUGCAACAAAUGGAAUUGUAUGCGUUUUCCAAGGGUGAUAUUUAUAAGAAAGUGUCCUAAAAAUGAUUUGUCUGGCUUGAGGAAUUUUAGAAUGAUAGGAAGUCUCUCGAGUUAGCCUUCAUGCAAUUUUGUAGAUUAAAACAUAAAAAUUGUCCAGAAUUUAAAGAUUUAGAUGCCUUCCUAAAUUGUUAAAAUGCUUUACCAAAUCUCUGACUCCUACAUAAUACACACCAGUGGUCAAAUGUAAAACAAUAUAUUGUAGACUUACUGUAGGUUUUCAGCCUUUUUUAGAUUUAUGCAUGUGGACAUUUUUAUAAUGUAAUUACAACCACCACAAAAUUAGCUUUUUAAAUUGCAGACAGUAAUGCAUGUCCCACUAAUACGUAGCGGCCUUUUCAGGCCUGGUCCCAGGGAAAACCUUUUGUAGAGUCUGGGGUGGGUGGGAGGAAAGGAAGGAAUCAUUUUUUUUUUAAAGUUAAUUUCUGCACUGUCUUUGUUUUCUCAACGACCUGCAUGAAUACUAAUGAGGACUGUUUUGUGACUUUAAUUGGUAAAUAUGUUAGCAGAACCAAGUACUCAAUCUUUUACGUCAUGUCUUCAGCUGUUCGUAUUUUAACUUGAGUGAUUUCAAUGGUCUGAAACAUGAUUCUGAGCUUCACAUGGAUUACAUUGUACUGUGGAACUCGAAAAUUCGAUCCCUGAAUUUGGCAGUUAUUUACUAUCUAGGUGCCCUGCAGUUGGACAGGUGUUCAGGUACAUGUUCCUGACCAUGAAGCUGCUUUUGAAUUUUGUUACAUGGAAACACAUGGAGUAGCCAUGUCCACAGCAACCAAGGUCACAGACACCACGUGGCCGAGGGGACCGGCUGAGGGAACCAGCGAGGUGCUCUGCAUGGUUCUCUUGUUGUGACCGAGCAAGAUUCACGUGGUGGGAAGAAGGACCUAGGUGGUCUGCUCACCCCCAUGCGGGUGUGCACGUAGUGUGCACGCCUGUGCGUGCACAUGUAACCCACGCCCUUCUCCUGGAAACUCGCAGAGAUUAAAAUGGAGAAAUUCUGUAUGUUGCAAUGAUAGAUUUUUUUUUUAAUUUAGGAAAUCACAAAUUCUCCAGACUCUCCAUCUUGAUUUAUUCUUCAGUUAUGUGCCAUAUUUGCUUUGAAAUCUUUGAUUAUCUGAAGUUUUUACUAAAAUUUUGAAGAAAUCCAUUUUCAUCUGCUUUCUAGAUUUUGUAACCUCAGUUGGUCAGACAGCUUGUCAGUAGCAUAGUUUACCAUUCAAAAAAGGUUUGAGUGAGGGAAUUGUUUUCCUUGUUAAAAUAGUUCCUGUUUCUGUAGAGACUUCAGUUUUAGAUUAAUCUGUGAUGGAUGAGCUAUCAUAAUUCACAUCUACAGUUUUGUAUCCACCAUUCAUCGUCAGGCAGUAGUAGGAAAGGCAUUCAAGCUGCAGCAAGCCUCUAAAGUCCUGUCUUCUAAAAGAAAUUGGAGGCACUUUGAUCUUUAUUAUUGUCCUUUUGAUUAUGCAAACACUUGGAUGGUAUAAACGCUCACGUCCCCUAUAAAUCUGGUGAGAAAUCACUUGAUUUUGUUGGUGAAGUUAGUCUCUAGUAGGAUAGAACACUGGGUACAAGUGGUCCAAAGUCAGAGAAAAGACUUACAGCAACACGCUGGAUCUUAGUGCGGAGCUGGCGUAGGCACUCGGUGUCUCGUGCCUUGGCCCGAUUCUCCCAGGAGGUCUGUGUAACGGGACAGGGCCAGUGCGGGGUCACAGCACGUUCCAUCAGUGUGCGUUCGUCCGGAUCGCUAAAUGUGUUCUUCCCAAUCACUGUACACAUUUCCUGUCCUACGGGACAGUUUUGUCAUCGUUAAGAGAUUUCAGUAACUAAAAUGGGAAGCAGAAGGUUAGGUGACUUUCCUUGGUGGGUGAUGUUCCUUGGAGCCCGUCAUGCCGACGGUGUUCAUGCUCUGUGCUCACUGGGUGUCCGAAGCCGAGUGCAGUUCAGGGGGUCCUUUCUGAUGACAGGAAGGCACUUCUUUCCUCAACACUGUGAUCUGACCCGUGACAAAUCUGUCCUAUACGCUCUGUAAAUGGCAAGCAGUCCAUUGCAAACCAACUGAAUGUACACAUCUUAACGCCGGUGCUGAAAUCUCUCCAGAGUAGUCGUCGUGAUUUCACAGUUUGUUCACAAUUUGCAAGCAUCACGUGUCAAUCCGAACUGAAGAUGAAACACUAAUGAAUGUUGGAUUCUCAUGCUUUAGGUGUGCUUCCUUUUUAGAUUUUUCGGUUCUCUGCUAUUUUUACCGUACUGUUUCAUUUACAUUUCCUACCGCUAACUUCGUUUGUGUGAUUGAAAUAAACUUGCAGUAUAUACAUGU